UCAUAACAUCACACCUAAUACAUUUAACACAGUAGAGAAGGUGAAGCUGUUCGUUUUCCGAGUGUACGUAAACUUGACGUGUAGUUACCUGACAGCAGGUGGGCGUCUCCGCGUCCAGGUCUCCGCGCCUUCCAGGAAGAAAAGCUGUCAAACCCAGUCCAGACUCGGAGCUUCAGUCUCUGUCCUCACGCUCAACAUGCUGAUCAAAGAGUUCCGGAUUGUCCUGCCCAUCUCAGUGGAAGAGUACCAGGUGGGCCAGCUGUAUUCAGUAGCAGAAGCUAGUAAGAGUGAAACAGGUGGAGGAGAUGGUGUGGAGGUGCUUGUAAAUGAGCCAUACGAGAAUGAUGGAGAGAAGGGGCAGUACACCCACAAGGUCUACCACCUGCAAACCAAAGUACCAAACUUUGUCCGUGUGCUGGCUCCAAAAGGUUCUCUGGAGGUUCAUGAGAAGGCCUGGAACGCAUAUCCCUACUGCCGAACCAUCCUUACAAACACUUACAUGAAGGACAAGUUCAUGAUUAAGAUUGAGACAUGGCACAGGCCUGAUACAGGAGACCAGGACAAUGUGCAUGGACUUGACAAAAGCACAUGGGAAACAGCUGAGGUCAUUGAUAUUGACAUUGCUGACAAAAGCUGCAUCAGUGCAAAGGACUACAAACCCGAUCAGGAUCCAGCCAUCUUUAAGUCAGAGAAGACGGGUAGAGGGCCUCUGGGACCCAACUGGAAGGAAGAACUCGCCAACAACCCUAACUGUCCACACAUGUGUGCCUAUAAGCUAGUCACUGUGGAAUUCAAGUGGCUGGGACUACAGAGUAAGAUGGAAAACCUUAUUCAAAAGGUGGAGAAGCGUUUGUUCACCCACUUUCACAGACAGCUGUUCUGCUGUAUCGACGACUGGAUUGAUCUCACAAUGGAUGACAUACGGCGUAUGGAGGAGGAGACCAAGAAAGAGCUGGAUGAGAUGAGGAAGAACGAUGAAAUUAAAGGGAUGUCAGUUGAUGAGUAAUGGAAGUGCCUCAGUCUCUCUGAAACUGGCGACUUGGACUGCAGCCAGCUCAGAAUAUGCUCACAGGACUUGGCUGGAACCACAACUGUUUCUAAGGCAUAAUCAAAAAUACAACCCUUAAAUCCUAAUAAAGAAUUUGCUCUUAAUAAGAGCUCGGUAUUGUUAAGCAAUUGUGCAUAUUUAUGCUCUACAUUUGAAUACAACUGCAGGUUCUUUUAGUGUUGUGAAAGGGGCAAGCUGAGACAUCUGUCUUUCCUAUAGAUAAAAUAUUCUUGUUUAUGUGGGUCUGCUGGUACUAAAUGUUGAAGCAUUAGGGCAAAGGUGAGGGUAGUUUACAAAGCAACAUUAUGUAAUCUUUUUUUUUUUAGUAUUGUUGGAAUUUAUACGUUUUGUUCACCUUCUAUAGGUGUUAUGAAUAAUAAGCAAUUUUGGACAUAUUUAAAAUUGACUGGCAAAUGAAUAAUCUCUUUCUCAAAGGCGUCUUGUCAUGUAUUCAAUUAAAUUAUCUGGCCUUUAACAUUAGUUGUGAUUAUGCAGUAUAUUAAAAGCAAUUCAGUUUUUCUUUG